UCUGUCUCGCAGUUUUCCAGCAUCGUCCAGCCGUCACACUCACUCUCAGGACGACACUGGGCAGAAGCAACAACAUGGCUUUACGAAUGAAGGCUUCCAUGUUCGUGGGACUUUUCCUGCUUUCUCUGGCCUGGAAAGCAGCCUGGGCCAAGGUGCAGGUGAACAUGGAGGACAGAGUGGAGGUGUUUCUGGGGGACACGGCCCAGAUCACAUGCAUGUUCACGGUCUCAGACAGCCCCGACAACGUCAUUAUCCAGUGGUACAUGAUCACAAAGACCAAUGUCCGCUUGAGGAUCUACUACGGAAACAGCACCAUGCAGGUAGUCGACCGGGGCGGGCAGUUCACAGACAAGAUCAGUGUGAACGGGAUGGGGAAUAGCAGCGAGGUGGUGCUGACCAUCAGGGACGUGAAGCUGGAGGAUGAGCUAGAGUUCAUCUGCCACGUCAACGGGAUGUCAGUCGGUAGCAAAGAGGGACGCACUAUGCUCAGGGUGUUCGCGUCACCUGAUCGUCCAAUCAUCACAGGGGAGGAAUCUGGGAUCUCUGUCAGCAAUGAGAACCCAUCAAAGAUGGGGAGCUGUGAGGCUAAGAACGGCUACCCCAGGCCCAACAUCACUUGGUACCGUGACCAGAGCUCACUGCAGAACACGCCAGGCGAGGUCAGUGUGGUGACCCUGGUCACCAAGGUGUCCAGUGGUCUGUACACUGUCCAGAGUGACCUUCACCUGAAUGUGGUCAAGGAAGACAAGGAUUCGUUCUUCUACUGCGAAGUCAGCUACCUCGUCCCUGGUGGAACCAAGAUGACUGAAAGCAACAAGAUCAACAUUACUGUCUACUAUCCAACCACUUCUCUUGAUGUGUGGGUGGAGUCACCAAAGGGUAGUGUCAAAGAAGGAGACACAGUUGAGGUUCAUUGCCGUGCCGAUGGGAAUCCUCAACCACCCUUUACAUUCAUGCACAAUAUGGAGGAGCUGAAAUCUGAGCCGAACGUAUUGGUCCUGAAAGACGUGACGCGGCAAAGCAACGGCAACAUCACGUGUACAGCACUGGACCUGGACACGUAUGAAGAAACCCUAGGGCAAACAGAGCUCUUCGUCGACUAUCUGGACCCGGCUGUGUUGAUUCCCAAAGACACCCAUGUCAUGGCCCAGGGAGAGGAGCUGAUGGCCACAUGCAAUGCUCUGUCCUCCCUGCCCACACACACUGUAUGGUUCAAGAAAGGAAAAAAAGUUGCAGAGGGCCACACACUGACCCUGAAGGACGCUGUGUUUGACAUGGCGGGGACGUACGUGUGUGUGGUGAAGGUGCCUUCACUGGAAGGACUGGAGACCACUGGCUCUUUACGUGUCUUCGUACAGGGACGGCCAGAGAUCAAGAAGUCAGCAGACCCAGUCCAGGAGGUGAGCCCAGAGAAGACCCAGAAGCUGAGCUGCCACGCUAGAGGAUACCCAACCCCUGUUAUCACCUGGAGCUCCUCUGACAAAUCACAGGUCCUGAAGUUGUCCCAAAGAGAGACAGAGGACGAGGUUCUCAGUGUGGUGAGCGUCAAGGUGACCUCUGACAUCACAGCCUACUGCAACGCCUCCAACGAGCAUGGCACAGUCUCCGUCUCCUUCAGCCUCAAAGCCAUUGUCCAAACGACCUCGUCAGCUCUCAGUACUACAGUAACGACUCCAUUAGUUCCAGUAACAGUGGUAGCUCCAGUGACAGUAACAACAGUAACCCCAGUAACUCCUCCGAAGAGAGUCAAGAAAGAGGGCAGCGGUGUGGUCAUAGCUGUCAUCAUCAUCUGUAUUCUCCUGCUGGCUAUCCUUGGCAGUGUGCUGUACUUCCUGUACAAGAAGGGCAAGCUCCCAUGUGGGCGUUCGGGCAAGCAGGAUCUUACCAAACCGAAUAAGGGCGGCAUAGUGGUGGAGAUGAAGAGUGACAACACAGAGGAGGCCGUGCUUUUAAGUGUCAACGGAGACAAGAAACCUCCUAGUGACCAGUAAAGGGUGAUAAGUAUAUGUACGUGCAGAAGUGAGCGUAGGUGUGUGAGGGGGCGACUGCUGCAGCUGCUCCCAGUCCAGUUCACUCUCUCAGGGUGGGAUGGAUCCUUUGAUGCCUCAUAGCCUACAACUCCCAGGAGAACUCAUCUGAUAUGUGCUGCAGUUCUCUAACCUGAUCCCAGAUUCGUAGUUCUUUAGCACGGCAGUGGCUAACAAAGGUCGUGGCUAUGUUCUCUUAUUAAGUCAUGCUAUUUCAUACUUUAUCAUGUUUUUCCUAUGCAUAACGAAGAACAUGACAGAGAUGCUGGCCUAAGCACAUACAGAUCUGGGAUCAGCCUAGCAAUUUUUAUGAAUGUGGUUAUUCUUUGCACCCAUAAAAUCCAGUUAGAGCAUAAAAUAAGAGGGACUGUUUGUUAUAUAUUUUCCUUAAUCCAAAUGCCAACUCGGGGCAACCAAUCACUGAAGAACAGCCUGGAACUGCUCUUCAUGAAGAGUAUUAUAUUCUGUAUAUAUUUCUUUAUUUAAAACACCCUGAGACAAACCUUUUAAAAAGACAUGGCUAGGAGUUGUUUUGGGUUUGUUGCUUUUUGAUGGAGGGACGUCUGUGUAGGCUUUGCGCUAGCUCUUGUCCAGGGUGUUAGUGCGCGUUCCUCGGCAGCAUAGUGGAGGAACGUGAACUAACGCCCUGGACCAGAGCUAGCUUUACUCUUAGAGGUCCACCUGCUGUUGCUCUGCGUGUGAUUGGCUGCAUUCCCUUCCUACUUUGCUAAAGUCCGUACACUGAAACCAUGGGUGCAUAAUGACGGUCUUACCAACCAUGUCUACAUGUAUACAGCCUGCUUCAUCUACCCAUGUAAACCAACAUCCAACCUUUAGAGCUAUGUUCUCAAAAUGGACUCCAGUAUGGGUCAUGAUUCCGUUUUAGUUUAGUCUGUAUAUUUUUUGUUGUUGUAGCUUUUACUUACCACUGAAACUAAUCUUAGACGUGUUUCCCCUUUGUGAAUGGCUUUGUGAAUGAACAUGUAAGGCCUUGUCUCAUCCUUUUGUUAUCUUAUGAGAGACGGGCCCUGUUUGAAUAUGUUGGAAUACAUCCUUGCUUCUUUCCUUCAUUGGAGUAAUCAACGAGCUGACAUGACUCGGAUAGGUGAAGGCCUAUCCAAUCAGGUCAAAUCAGUGAUUUCUUCAUGGAAGGAAGGAUAUGUGGUGAAAUAUCCAUGGAUUAGAGGUCCCCAUUCCUAUCUGUUCAGGAUUGGGUUAUUUUGUACGACAAUAGCCAAUAGCAGAGCUCCGAUGAAGCCAAAGUGUCAUUGGUUACUUUUUCUUCUUCCACAGUUCUUGUAUUCUUUGUAAAUAAGAGGUUAGAAUCACGCUGAUAUGUUUCCAGUUUCUGUCCGUAAACUUCUGUCUGCCUUAUACAUUCAGCCUCUUAUUCUACAAAUCACAGCUAGCAGUAUAGCUUACUUUCUUUCACACUUGUUUUAUUGUUAUUCGUGAGAAUGUCCAGUGCACUGAUUUUGUUUUGUUUGUUAGGAUUUUUUUGUCAUGUUUGGUCUGUGAAUCUCUGGUUUAAGUUGGGUGAAGGAGUGUUUGCGCGUGUAAUGUGAGUGAAAUGUCAGCUAGUUUUUUAUGAAAGUGAAGGUAAAAUGGCUCUUUGAUGUGGGGAGAGGGGAAAGUUGAGCCACCCUUGUUUCUAGGAAACCCUUCACAAAAUUAAUAAUUUGACCAAAUAUUUAGGAAGAGGUCAUCAUUUCAUGAAGUCUGUGAAGGAA